ACAGUCUAACAUGCUUCAUUUCACCAUCACUCACUAAACCCUUCAAAACCCUAAUUAACAAAUUCUCUGAAGAAUAUUUUUUAUUUUUUAUUUUUUUGCUUUGAUUUGAGAGGUUUUGAAAAUGAAAAACUUGAAGCUAUAUUCAGAAAUAUCACUGAACAUUGAAUUACAAUCAGACCAAGAAGAAGUUAUUCUCUUCGCUGCCAUUGAUAUCGAAAGAAACCGCUUGUUCUUUGCUUCUUCUGCUAAUUUUAUAUACUCCGUUCAGAUUUCUUCUUUCCAUAGUGAAAAUGUUUGGAGAAAGACAUCACUGCAAGCUGGAGUGCAUCCUAUUGAUUUGGAAAAUGGGGAUUUUAUUACUUCCUUUGAUUAUCUUAUGGAGAAGGAGGCACUGAUUAUAGGAACUAGUAAUGGAGCUCUGCUGCUUUAUAAUGUGGAUGAUAAUGCUUUGGAGGUUGUCGGUCAAGUAGAUGGCGGUGUUAAGUGCAUUGCGCCUAGUCCUGAUGGUGACUUGCUUGGAAUUGUUACUGGUUUGGGACAGAUGCUGGUGAUGACACAUGACUGGGAUUUGUUGUAUGAAAAUGCGUUGGAUGAUCAGCCUGAUGGUGUUGACGUAAGUGAACCAACUAAUUCUUCCACAAAUAGGAGUUCCAUAUCAUGGAGAGGUGAUGGGAAAUACUUAGCAACACUGAGUGAUGUCUCCAACUCUUCUUCCUUGAAUAAGAGACUGCAGGUCUGGGAACGCGAUUCAGGUGCAUUGCAUGCUGCUUCAGAUUCAAAGUCGUUCAUGGGAGCAGUUUUAGACUGGAUGCCUAGUGGAGCAAAAAUCGCAGCUGUAUGGGACAAAAGAGCUGAACAUAAAUGUCCUGAUAUAGUUUUUCAUGAGAGAAAUGGAUUAUUUAGAAGCUCCUUUAGCAUCAAUGAACCAGUUGGUGCAACAGUAGAAUUACUUAAGUGGAAUUGUAGUUCAGAUCUUCUUGCAUCUGUUUUUAGAUGUGAGAAAUACGAUUCUGUUAAAGUUUGGGUUUUCAGCAACAAUCAUUGGUAUUUAAAACAUGAAACUAGAUACCCAAGGAAGGAUGGGGUGAGGCUUAUGUGGGAUCCAACAAAGCCUCUGGAGCUGAUAUGUUGGAAUCUUGAGGGCCAGAUUACAGUUUACAGAUUCAUAUGGAUCAGUGCUGUCAUGGAGAACUCAACUGCAUUGGUCAUAGAUGACUCUAAGAUACUUGUAACUCCUCUCGCGUUGUCCCUUAUGCCACCUCCUCUGCAUUUGUUCAGCCUUAACUUUUCAAGUCCUGUUCGGGACAUGGCUUUCUAUUUCAAGAAUGCGAAAAACCUUAUUGCUGCAUUUUUGUCAGAUGGCCAUUUCUGUGUUGUAGAACUUCCUGAAUCUGAUACAUGGGAGGAACUUGAAGGCAAAGAUAUAAGUGUUGAAACUUGCAUUUCUGAGACCGAAUUAGGAACCCUUGCACACCUUACAUGGUUGGAUUCACAUGUACUUCUUGCUGUUUCUCACUAUGGUUUCUCUCAUAGUAGUUCCAUCUCUCAUAGCUCAUUGGAUGAGCAAGGACGUCAUGGUUUUUAUUUGCAGGAAAUUGAAAUUGCAUGCUCUGAGAAUCAUGUUCCAGGUAUUAUCACGAGUUCAGGUUGGCAUGCAAAGGUUUCCCAUUGUAAUUCUCUGGAAAGACUUGUAAGUGGCAUCGCUCCCAAUCCUGUGAAGAGCUCAGCUUUUAUUCAGUUUGGUGGCGGAAAAAACUUUGAGUAUGCAUCAGCAUUAGAGUUUUCCAUUACUGGAGGAGCUAGAGAACAUGUCGGUAUGAGUUUUUCAGCAACUUGCCCUUGGAUGAGUGCAGUUAACAAUGGCUCACCAAAUCCUUUGCUUUUUGGACUUGAUGACAUUGGUAGGCUCCAUUUUGGUGGAAAAGUAAUAUGCAACAACUGUAGUAGCUUCUCAUUCUACUCUAAUCUAGGGGAUCAAGUUAUCACACAUUUAAUUCUUGCAACCAAACAAGAUUUUCUCGUAAUUGUUGAUAUUAAUGAUAUAUUACAUGGAGAAAUAGAGUCAAAAUAUGAGAAUUUUGUUCAUGCUGGAAACAGAAGAAAAAAAGAUGAAAAUAUGAACUUCAUACAAAUAUGGGAAAGAGGUGCCAGAAUCAUUGGUGUUCUGCAUGGUGAUGCUGCCGCUGUCAUAGUUCAAACUACUCGUGGGAAUCUAGAAUGUGUUUAUCCCAGAAAAUUGGUUCUGUCAUCAAUAGUCAAUGCUUUGAAUCAAGGCCGGUUUAGGGAUGCAAUACUCAUGGUUAGGAGGCAGAGAAUAGAUUUCAAUAUUAUUCUUGAUCAUUGUGGUUGGCAAGCAUUUCUUCACUCAGCUUCAGAAUUUGUCAAACAGGUUGACAAUUUGAGCUACAUAACUGAGUUUGUCUGUGCUGUAAAGAAUGAGAACAUCAUGGAGACGCUAUAUAAAAAUUACAUCUCCUUGCCUAGCAAAAAUGCGGAUGAAGUCAUUCAAAGCCAAGAUUUAAAAGGUUUAAAUGCUAAUAAUAAGGUUUCUGCUGUCCUGCUUGCCAUAAGGAAGGCUCUUGAGGAACUGGUCACAGAGAGUCCUGCCAGGGAGCUCUGCAUUUUAACCACUCUAGCUCGUAGUGAUCCUCCUGCUCUUGAGGAGGCCUUAGAGAGGAUAAAAGUUAUCCGUGAGCUUGAAUUACAAAGUUCUAAUGACCCUAGGAGAACUUCUUUCCCUUCUGCAGAAGAAGCCCUGAAGCAUUUGUUGUGGUUAUCUGAUCCAGAGGCUGUAUUUGAAGCCGCCUUAGGACUUUAUGAUUUGCACCUUGCAGCCAUUGUGGCACUCAACUCUCAACGAGAUCCAAAAGAGUUUCUUCCUUAUCUACAAGAACUAGAACGCAUGCCAAGUCUCAUAAUGCGCUACACUAUUGACCUUAAGCUGCAGAGGCUUGAGAAAGCUCUUAAACAUAUUGUUUCAGCUGGCGAUGCUCAUUAUUCAGAGUGUAUGGAUCUUUUGAAGAAAUAUCCUCAACUCUUUCCUCAGGCACUUCAACUAAUAAUUGAUCCUGUCAAGAGAACGGAGAUUCUUGAGGCCUGGGGUGAUGAUCUUAUUGAUAAGAAAUGCUUUGAGGAUGCUGCUACUACUUACAUCUGUUGUUCCAGUUUGGAAAAUGCGUUGAAGGCAUAUCGUGCUUGUGGGAAUUGGAGUGGGUUGCUUACAGUUGCAGGCCUUCUUAAACUGGAUAAAGCUUCUGUAUUGCAACUUGCCCAUGAAGUUCGUGAAGAACUACAAGCACUAGGCAAACCAGGGGAAGCUGCAAAAAUUGCUCUCGAGUACUGUGGAGAUGUUAAUGGUGGCAUUGUUCUGUUAAUCAGUGCCAGAGACUGGGAGGAAGCUUUACGAGUUGCUUUUAUGCACAUGAGAGAAGAUUUAGUCUUAAUUGUGAAGAAUGCAUCGGUUGAAGGUGCAAAUGCUCUAAUUAGUGAAUACGAGGAAGGCCUAGAAAAAGUUGGUAAGUACUUGACCCGUUACUUAGCUGUUCGACAGAGAAGGUUACUGCUUGCGGCAAAGCUUCAAUCAGAGGAUCGGUCAGUAAAUGAUCUAGAUUAUGAUACUGUCUCAGAAGCUAGUAGUAACUUUAGUGGUAUGAGUGCUUACACCACAGGGACACGGAAGAGCUCUGCUGCUUCUGUGAGCUCUAGUAUGACCAGCAAGGGAAGAAAUGCAAGGCGUCAGAGAAAUAAAGGGAAAAUUCGCCCUGGCAGUCCUGGUGAGGAAUUAGCUCUAGUCGACCAUUUGAAAGGAAUGUCUCUAACAGAUGGUGCAAAGCGUGAGCUUCGAUCUUUAUUAAUUGCCCUCAUCAUGCUUGGUCAAGAGGACACUGCAAGAAAGCUACAACGAGUUGCAGAGAAUUUUCAGUUGUCACAAAUGGCUGCAGUUAAACUAGCUGAAGAUGCAAUAUCUACCGAUAACAUCAACGAGCAGGCACUUAAUCUGGAGCAUUAUAUGCAGAAAGCAAGAGCUGAUCCACAAAGUUUAGAGGCGUUUUCUUGGCGGUCUAAAGUGUUCAUUUCUCCUUCAACAGCAAAGUGAAGUUUUAUGUGUUGUUACGGUAAUAUACUUGCCAUGGAAUCAUUGGUCACCAACAAAAAGUGCAAGAGGCUUUUCUUUACGUAGAAAGUGUAGCUGUAGUGCGAAACUCGGGAAUAUAUAAAGAAUACACCAAUCCUGUAGAUCCCGACCGGUAUGAGAAUGAUGCAUAAUUUUUUUUUUCCAUUACGUUCUCAUUACUUGUUGGCUUUUGUUUCACUGAAGCAUUGCAAAUAUUUUAAUUAUGCAAUAGUCAUAUCUGAGCCAUUUUCAUUUUAUCAAAAACAUUUUACCCA